GUCUCUCAAUAAAACAUAUUAUUUUUCAUUAAAUUAUUAAUACUAUUAAAGUGAGUGAAAAAUCAAUAACAAGUCGACACUGUUUUUAUAAUUCAAUGAAAAAAAUUUUGCGUUUAAUUUAAAUGUUUUGUAAAACAUUUAAUAUAUUUAAUGAAAGGCAGUGUUUGUCACUAAACUGAUAGUAAGUUAAAGCCAUUUACACUCAAGUGAUACCCAUUUGUGACAAAUAUUUGGCAAAAUUAUUGUCCAAUUGUUGUCCAAUUGAAACCACGACUCGAUGUCUAUCUCUCACCAAAUACUUGAUGGCCACUCAAGUGAUGUCAAUUGGGUUGACUUCACGGGCACUAAGCUAUUGGUCAGUGCCAGCAAUGACAAGACAGUACGUCUUUGGGAAGCUGAUGACAGCGGAGUUUUCAGACAAACAUCACUAUCACCACUGAUGGGUCAUAACUAUGGUGUCAAUUGUGUCCGUUUUUCUCCAUUCAGUACAAUCAUCGCCAGUGGCUCUACUGAUGGCAACAUUAUCUUAUGGAACACUCAUACCGGCGAACAAGUGGUCAAAUUAAAGCACGAAAGUGGAGGCGCUGUCAGAGUCUGUAGUUUCAGUCCUUCAUCAUCAAUGUUGGCCUCGGGUGGAGACGACGAGAGUCUUGUUAUUUGGGAUAUAAGUACCCGAUCUAUGAUCAGGUCUUUGUCAGAUCACGAGGCAAUGAUAACUGCGUGUGCUUUUAGUCCCGAUAGCUGUUACUUAGUGUCCGGAUCGUCGGCCGGUGACCUUAAGCUAUGGGACUCUAAGUAUGGACACGCAAAGUGUCUUUUUACUCUUCAAGAGGCUCACGAUUUAGGUGUUUUAGGCUGUGAUUUCAGCUCACAAUAUGAAGUUAAUGUAUCUGAGGGUCCACUUCAAAGUUUUUAUUUAUUUGCCUCGUGUGGUAACGACGAUUUGGUUAAACUAUGGCACGUAAGGGGUGGACUCAAGUCGACUAUAACUUUGUCUCAUUCCUUGAAAGGACACAAUGGAAAUGUCAAUUGUUGUCGUUUCUCAACUGACGGAUCUCUCUUAGCCUCAGCUGCUGGUGAUAAAUUGGUAAUUAUUUGGGACCCACAAAAUGGCACUCUUCUCCACAAACUUGAAGGUCAUACCAGAUAUGUUACUUGUUGUGUAUUUUCUUCAGACAAUCAUUAUUUAGCCACCGGUUCUAACGAUAAAUUUGUUAUUAUCUGGAAUGUGUCGAACAUGAAGGACAGGGAUGUAGUCUUUAUGAAAAACGGUUCAUCAAACGAGUCAUCGGCAAUGAUUGCUUCGGGAAGUAAUAUAGUCUCUGAAUGGAAGAUCAAUGAUGUGAUCAAUUGGUUAGAAAGACUUGAUUUGGGCAAACAUAGUCAAGUCUUCAGAGAUAACUCAAUUGAUGGCAUCGAAUUGGUUCACUUGACAAAUGAUAGCCUUUUAACAGAACUUAAAAUUGAUUCAUUGGGUCAUAGAAAUAAAAUAUUGCGAGGAAUACAGGCACUGAAGAACCCAUUGUGGCAACACAUCAAUGAUGAUAAUGAAGAUAACAGUGCACUACCUAAUGAACUUUGUUGUCCUAUAACUCAUGAUAUUAUGAAAGAGCCUGUCGUUGCCGGAGAUGGCUAUACUUAUGAAAAGGAGGCAAUUAUUCAAUGGAUAAACAAUGGCAACUCUACGAGUCCAAUGACUAAUGAAGUGAUGAUCAAUGAAUUACUUCUACCAAAUCUCAAUUUAAAAACAUUGAUUCAAAAAUACUUAUCAAAAUAA